GAAAUUCAUGUCGGCAUUUUAUCAUCAUCAUUGUUUAUCAUCAUGUUUUUUCUUUUGUAUCUGGGAUGUUGGCGCGUCCACAAGAAGAGGAGAAGCAGGAGAAACAAGGAAAGAAGAGGAACACAUUUUUUAUGACGAGUCAUUAGUCUAAACGCAAGAGCGUGCAUGCAUUAAAAAAGCCAAGGGAGCCGUUUUCUUUUUCACCAUUUUCUUGGGAGGAAUAACAAUAAGGAGAGACAGAGAGGCGCGUGGGCGGGCAUGGAUAGCAUUGCUAGGUGGGGAUUCAAGGAGUUUACAAAAAAGAAAGGCGGUACAGUGAGAGACGGAGAGAGGGACGGAGGGCUUGGGAAGGAGGAGGUUUUUCGCAUCCACACAUCACAGCGAACGGCUUUCCCUAUUCCACUUUCUCCUUCUUCGAUCAGCAGCAGCAGCAGCAGCAUGAAUUCUCUUUUGUAUCCAUCUUCCUUUUCCAUGGAGCGGCGGUUUACAUAUUUACCUACCUAUCUACGUGUUUUCUUGGUCUGUUUUCCUGUUGUACCCCCCCCCCCCCCCCCCCCCCAAAAAAAAAAAAAAACGAACGAACGAACGAACGAACGAACGAAUUCCCACGUCAACGAUCUACGAUACGAUACACACGCUAUUUUUACGUCCGCUGUUUGUUUUUGCCUACUUGCUUCGAGGUCAUACAAUCAUGUUUCUUUUCUUUUCAUCCUUGUCCUUUUUCCGCUUCAUCUGGUGGACAUUUGCUUCCAAAGAAAGGGUAGAGAACAGGGACAAGACAUUCAAGGUGCGAGACGGGGAUCUGUCAAAAGUUGGAAGAAUCAUAUUUCACAGAAUUUUUUUUUCUGGUUCAUGUCGUGUUGUUUGUAGUGUUUGUUUUGACAGAGAGAGACUGUGUGUGUGUCUGUGUCACGAUUAUUAUUAUUUGGUAUUGGUAGUAAUAGUAGUAGUAUCAUUUAAAGAAGCUGAUUUGUUUUUUUCCCCUUGUUAAAUUCCUUUCACGGUCCAUUUCGCUCUUGUCAACUCUUCCCGGAAUACAAUCGGCUGACUUGCUCGUGCAGGCGAUCAGAGGGAAAAAGGGGGCGGGACGGUGAUUACUACGAGGCCAACAGCCCAUCAACUGACAAACUGUUUUCUUUUUUUCCCUUCUCGUGUCGGCGAUCUAGGGGACGGAUGGACACGGGAUAUCCGACGCAAAGCGAAACGACAUGUCAU